ACGUGCCCGCCGCGCGCGUCACACCCGGAAGCUGCGCGGGAGCGGAGCCGGCAGCGAUGAGUGGGGAGUCGGGGGAGACGUCCGUAGCGCCCCCUCCCGGGGAGGUUGAACCGGGCAGUGGGGUCCGCAUCGUGGUGGAGUAUUGUGAACCCUGCGGCUUCGAGGCGACCUACCUGGAGCUGGCCAGUGCCGUGAAGGAGCAGUAUCCAGGAAUCGAGAUCGAGUCGCGCCUGGGGGGCACAGGGGCCUUUGAGAUCGAGAUCAAUGGGCAGCUGGUGUUCUCCAAACUAGAAAAUGGAGGCUUCCCUUAUGAGAAAGAUGCCACAUCUUUGCCCUGCAGCUCAUUGAGGCCAUCCGGAGGGCCAGUACCGGAGAGCCCCUAGAAAAGAUCACCAACAGCCGGCCGCCCUGCGUCAUCCUGUGACUGCCCAAGGUUCUGGCUCCUGCUCCCUUCUGGGGUCCUGCUAGCUCCUGCCUCUUCCCGCACUUAGUUUCUAGUAGCUAAGAGACCCUGGCCUCCACUUCACCCCUUUAGGUACAGGAGGUAAUAGAAGCUCCAGUGGUCUUGGGGGUCUUGCGGGCAGGAGAGAUGCACUCCACGGACAGUUCCACAGCUGGGGAACAUUACCUUCCCCGGGUGGGUGCCCACGCGGCCCAGGCCCCGCCCAGCUCGACAAUAUCUAUCAGAUGCCACAGUGGAUCUAAGUUAUUCUCUCCCACCUCCAGGCGGUGCCGGCUCUUGACAAUAAAGUGGCAAUACAAACCCUUGUGCCA